AUGUCUGGACGUGGAGGCUCCAUCCGAGGAGGUGAUCGCGGUCGCGGCCGGGGUCACAACAAAGCUGCUGGCGCUGGUGGUCAUGAAAAACCAAAGAAAGAGAACAUCCUUGAUCUGAGCAAGUACCUCGACAAGGAGUUGGAUGUCAAAUUCAGUGGCGGUCGUGAAGUCACCGGCACUCUGAAGGGCUACGACCAGUUGAUGAAUCUCGUUCUUGAUUCUAGCAAGGAGGUUAUGCGUGAUUCUGAGGGCAACAAGAGCACUCGCCCCCUGGGCCUGCUCAUUGUUCGUGCUAACCUUCUCGUGUCGAUUUCACCCGUUGGUGAGGCACUCACUCACAACCCGUGGUUGCAAAAGACUGUUGCUUAA